AUGGACCGCGUGGUCGAGAUAACCCUGGAGGAGGCGGCUCCUGGAACCAACCAAGCCUCCAGGAUGCAUCUCAGGGAGGAUUUGAGGAGGAUACGGUGCGCAGUGCUGCUGUGCCUGCUCUCCGUGCUGGUCCUGGCGCUGCCCACUGCCUACCUGCUGGUUGGAAACCUCAGAGCCCCCAGCUCCUGCACUGGCCAGGUCACAGAAGAAAGGGGCUCUCGCUUUCUGAAGCAACGGGCAGUAGAUACUGUUACAGAUACACUUUCCAGUGCAGAAAAGCCAAGAGCACACCUAACAGUGAAGAAACAAGAUCUCGCCAACACCGUGGGAAACCAUCUGCCCAUCCUGCAGUGGGAAGACAAACGAGGCUUGGCCUUUACCAAGAACAAACUGAGUUAUUCCAGCAACGCACUGGUGAUACCUGUGUCUGGGGACUACUAUGUCUAUGCUCAGGUCACGUUCCGAGGGCCCAUUGAAAGUUACAGUAAAACAAAUUCUGUCACUGAGAUCAUCACCAAAGUCACCGACAGUUACCCUGAGCCCACCCAGCUGCUGACCGGCACCAAGACCCUCAGUGAAAAGGGAAACAGCUGGUUCCAGCCCAUUUAUCUGGGCGCUGUGGUCUCCUUAGAAGUAGGAGACAAGCUAAUGGUCAACGUUAGUGACAUCAAGCUGGUGGAUUACACUAAAGAGCACAAAACUUUCUUUGGUGCCUUUUUACUGUAG